GACUAGUGUUUUUCAUAGUGAUGAUUGCAAUGAGAACAAAUCAAAUUGACCCCUAACACGAAGCAAGGAACAAUUUUUUUGCAUGGGAACCAAUUUGGCCCGCAACACAAACGACGUGCCGAUAUUUACAACCCGACAGGCCUGCAAGUUCCACCAGAUCACAGAACUUCAUCUCUUGACUUUAUUGUGAAUUCAAAGCCCUGUGAUAUUUUGCACCAUUUCACUGAUGCAGCCAAUGAGCUUUCGAGAUUUUGCUAGCAGGAAGUCAUUGAUGGACACACGUGGCAUCCGGAACGUUCUCGCCUUGAUUGACAGACACCUCUUGUGACUCCCUGCCCCAAAAAGGACAGAAGGGGUCUGCGGUGGAGGACGCCCCCCCUCGCCUCGCACACUCUUACUUUAGCACUCCUGAGUGUAGUGGGCAUUCCUUCUGGAACUUUCUCAAUGGGGGUUUCGAGAAACUUUGCUCACAAGUAUAUAAAGACUGAUGAAGGCCUGCUGCUCGGCAGAUAAAGCGAACGCAGCGACGAGAAGUCAACGAGAGCACAGCUCAACAAACUCAAACCAAACUCAAGUGGAGUAGAUCUCCAUACGCCAGAGCGCUUGAAAGACCUUUUGCACAGACGUUUUAUACCGAAGACAAUUAUCAAGAUGCCUGAGAAAGCCGCACAGCCCGUGAUGGAGGAAGAAGUUGAGACCUUUGCCUUUCAGGCUGAGAUUGCUCAGCUGAUGUCUCUGAUCAUCAACACCUUCUAUUCCAACAAAGAGAUCUUCCUCAGAGAGCUCAUCUCCAACUCUUCAGAUGCACUGGACAAGAUCAGAUACGAGAGCUUGACAGACCCAAGCAAACUUGAUACAUGCAAGGACUUGAAGAUUGAACUCAUCCCUGAUCAGAAAGAGCGCACUCUCACAAUCAUUGAUAGCGGCAUUGGCAUGACCAAAGCUGACCUCAUCAAUAACCUGGGCACCAUUGCCAAAUCCGGUACAAAGGCCUUCAUGGAGGCCCUGCAGGCGGGAGCAGACAUUUCAAUGAUUGGUCAGUUUGGUGUGGGUUUCUAUUCCGCCUAUCUGGUGGCCGAGAAAGUCACAGUCAUCACCAAACACAACGAUGAUGAGCAGUACAUCUGGGAGUCUGCUGCUGGUGGUUCCUUCACAGUUAAACCAGACUCUGGUCAACCCCUUGGACGUGGCACCAAAGUCAUUCUCCACCUUAAAGAGGAUCAGUCUGAAUAUGUUGAGGAGAAGCGCAUCAAGGAAGUUGUGAAGAAGCACUCUCAGUUCAUCGGUUACCCUAUCACGCUCUUUAUUGAGAAACAGAGAGAGAAGGAGGUUGACCUUGAAGAGGGAGAAAAGGAGGAGGAGGUGCCAGCCGAAGAUGACAAAGACAAACCUAAGAUUGAGGACUUGGGGGCUGAUGAGGAUGAAGACUCCAAAGAUGGCCAGAACAAGAGGAAGAAGAAGGUCAAGGAAAAGUACAUUGAUGCUCAGGAGCUGAACAAGACCAAACCUCUGUGGACCCGUAACCCCGAUGACAUCACCAAUGAGGAGUAUGGCGAGUUCUACAAGAGUUUAAGCAAUGACUGGGAGGACCACUUGGCUGUCAAGCACUUCUCGGUUGAGGGCCAGCUGGAGUUCCGCGCUCUGCUGUUUAUACCCAGAAGAGCCUCCUUUGACCUUUUCGAGAACAAGAAAAAAAGAAACAACAUCAAGUUGUAUGUGCGCAGGGUCUUUAUCAUGGACAACUGCGAGGAGCUCAUUCCAGAAUAUCUCAACUUCAUUAAGGGUGUUGUGGACUCUGAGGAUCUGCCACUGAACAUCUCCAGAGAGAUGCUUCAACAGAGCAAGAUCCUGAAAGUGAUCCGCAAGAACCUGGUCAAGAAGUGUCUGGAGCUCUUCACCGAACUUGCCGAGGACAAAGACAACUACAAGAAGCUUUAUGAGCAGUUUUCCAAGAACAUCAAGCUUGGCAUCCAUGAGGACUCCCAGAACCGCAAAAAACUCUCUGAGCUGCUUCGCUACUACACAUCUGCUUCUGGAGACGAGAUGAUUUCCCUCAAGGACUAUGUGUCUCGCAUGAAGGACACCCAGAAGCACAUCUACUACAUCACUGGUGAGACCAAAGAUCAGGUGGCCAAUUCGGCCUUUGUGGAGCGCCUGCGCAAAGCCGGUCUGGAGGUGAUCUACAUGAUCGAGCCCAUCGAUGAGUACUGCGUACAGCAGCUGAAGGAAUACGAUGGCAAAAAUCUGGUAUCAGUGACCAAAGAGGGUCUGGAGCUUCCCGAGGACGAGGAUGAGAAGAAGAAGCAGGAAGAGUUGAAGGCCAAAUAUGAGAACUUAUGCAAGAUCAUGAAAGACAUUCUUGACAAAAAGAUUGAGAAGGUCACUGUCUCAAACCGUUUGGUGGCUUCACCUUGCUGCAUUGUCACAAGCACAUACGGCUGGACGGCCAACAUGGAGAGGAUCAUGAAGUCUCAGGCCCUGAGAGACAACUCCACCAUGGGAUACAUGACGGCUAAAAAGCACCUUGAAAUCAACCCAGUCCAUCCCAUCGUUGAGACCCUCCGAGAUAAAGCAGAAGCCGACAAGAACGACAAGGCUGUGAAAGACUUGGUCAUCCUGCUGUUCGAAACUGCUCUGCUCUCCUCUGGAUUCACCCUGGAAGACCCACAAACACAUGCCAACCGCAUCUACAGGAUGAUCAAACUUGGUCUUGGCAUUGAUGAUGAUGACUCUACCGUUGAGGACAUUACUCAACCCGCUGAUGAAGAUAUGCCAGUUCUGGAGGGUGAUGAUGACAGUUCCAGAAUGGAGGAAGUUGACUAAAGAGUUUUAGUGUAAAUAACACUAAUUUGUUAAUGUAUUUAAUUUAUUGUUUUUUUUUUUUGUUUUUUUUUUUUGUAAAAAAAAAAAAGAAAAAACAAUCUCCACAUCCCGAAGUGAUCUGUUUGUGUCUACAUGUAGUUAUCAGAAAAUUGUAUUUUCUGAACUUUUCUAAUUUAAGCUGUUUUUUUGUAAACCUAAGUUGAACAUUUUUAAUAAAUGACUUAUAAUACAUA